CAACAAUAGCGCCGACGUGUGGAAUACUCUAUAGUGAAUCGCGUGUUGGUAUUGUCACCAACUUCAUCGAAAGGAAGUCCGUCGGCCUUUUUAUCGAUCGCCCUGUGCAGCCCGCGCGCUCAAUUUCACAUCUGCCAAUUGCGCUGCAUCCUUUGGAGUUUGGCCUCGAAUUCCCGCUCUACACCGCGCCCCUUACGAGGACUGCAUUCAACCAUGUCUGACUCUGAAGAACCCGUCGACAUUCCCGACGAGGGAGGCGACGAUCUUUUUGGAGAUGAAGGCGACGAUGCCAUUUCGGAGAUUGAAAAUGCUGCGAGCGAUCGGCAAGUGGCGUCAGAUCAGGAAGACGAUGAGCGGGAGUCCCGCCGGUAUUCGCACGACGAAGACGAAGAGCCUCGUGAAUUUCGCGAGAAGCUGGUCGCAGAGGUCCCUCUCUAUCGGCAUCGGAUUCCACGGUCUAUGGAUGGCAGCCUACACUCGUUGCGGGUGCCAGACUUCAUCAAGUUCAACCCUAUGGAAUACAAGGCCGACGAAUGGCAGCCGAGCAAAUGGGAGCUCGACAACGCCAGCGCCGAGAACCCCGUUCCCUCCAUCAGGUUCCGCCGCGACCCGAAGACGGGCCGCAUGCAGAGCAACGCGAACAUGUACCGCUGGAGCGACGGCUCCGUGACCCUCGCCAUCGGCGACGAGCACUUCGAGAUCCAGUCCAAGCCUCUGGCCCCGCCACCCGACAAGCCAUACCGAGAGGUGCAGGACGCGCACUACUACGUCGCGGCCGCCCAUCUCACGACCAACUCGCUGCUGAUCGUCGGCCAUCUGACAGAGCAGUACACCGUGCGCCCCAACGAGGAGCUCGCCGACCACGCCCUGGAGCGGCUCAAGGCUGAUCUCGCGGGCGCCAAGAAGGACCGUGCCGCCGACAUGAUCAUCGUCACCAACGAGGACCCGGAGCUGCUGAAGAAGCAGGCCGAGCUGGCGGAGAAGGAGCGCCUGAAGCUGCAGCGGCGGCGCGAGACGGCCGCUGCCCGCGCGGACGGUGCCGCGGGUCGGUACAAGGGCGGCGCGCUUUCCGUGGGCGAUCUGGAAGGGCGGCGCGGCGCGGUCGGCGCCGGGAGGAAGCGCGGUGCUCCGGGCGGCGCCAACAAGAAGAAGCACCGCCGGCCGGAGUACGACUCUGACGAUGAGCUCCCCAAGGGCCGCCGCCGCGCGGACAACUAUGAUAUGGAGGAUGGCUUCGUGGUGGAUAGCGCCGAGGAGAGCGAGGCGGUGGAGGAGGACGAGGAUGAGGAAGAGAUCCUGGAUGACGAGGAGGAGGAGGACGAGGCGCCGCGGCCGAAACGGCAGAGGACUGCCGAGCCCGACGAGGAUGCCGAGGGCGAGGAGGAUGCGCCGGUUCACACCGAAACGUCCAGGGGCAGGAGACGGCGGGUUAUCGAAGAUGACGAGGACGAGGAGUAAUAUGCAGUCGACUUGGGGAGAGUAUGUGUCAUCGUUUAUUCUGGGUCAUGGCACGGUCAUAGGAGCAAGGCGUUCAGUUUCUCAAGGCCAUAUCAAACUGGGCAUUCGAAGUUUUGUGACUGGAUGUUGUUUUCUCGGAAGGCCAUCUACGUCCCAUCCUAGGCUGCCGGCAGUCUUUCCCUGCUAACACACGGCUGCCGGUUUCGUUAAAACUGGCUGGAAAAUCCAGAUUGAGAACAAAAUGCCCGGCUUAUACAAGGUAUCAUCAUUCAAAAG